GGCUGCGCGAUCACUUUGAAUUGUAAUUCAUUUUUGUUACAUCUUCGGUCCGCUACACACUUAUCUUCAACGCGUAUAAGUUACUCGUUAGUCCGAUAUCGUUUACCGACUACACGUUACCAAACGCAACUCAGUCUUCAGCUGUUUUUACCUUCCAAGCUGUUAAAAUGUGUUUUUAUCGAUAAUCUGAGACUGCGCAGGCGCAAGGUGUCUGACAGGACACGAUUACAUCAAAUGACGUUUUUGACCUCGUAGCGACGCUUAUCUGACCAGCCGUGAAGUUUUGGAUAAUUAUUUAAUCGAUAUCAUCGAGCACGAUUCACAUUUGGAAAUCACUAAUUCUACCAUAUAUAGCACAUGGCAAGGCUUAGCUCAUGAAUAUUAAUUAGGUUCUGCCCACGUUGCAAUGGUGAAAGCUUGGUAAAUACAUACUAAUUAUAUAAUUUCAUUUACGUUGCUUCGCUGCAGCUAAUUGGGUGGUGAAUGUUUGCUCAUGAAUAUUAAUUAGAUAUUACAACGUUGCGUUGUUACCAAAACAAAAUCACUUUCCCGAACUUUCACUGGACCUCGAUUAAGAAACGACUCACAACGUAAAUGAAUCGCGAAUAUUAACUCUAUCUAAUGGGAGCAAAACAAUUAUUCUUAUACCAUUGUUUAUGUAUAGAUAAUACCGUUGUUACCAUCCAAUAGCGGAGUCCGCGCGGUCCAAAGCGCUUGGCUCAUGAAUAUUAAGAAGCAAGCCUUCUCCAUAGUAGGAUUCGUCAGUUUUCGCGCUCGGCUCUCAGGUGCUGUGAUUCUCCAGCAGACCGGAUGUAGCGCGCGUUCUCCAGCAUCAAUCCAGCAGCUCGCGGGCGCUGAUAAUAACAUGCCGCGGACGACAACAUAACAUUAUUCCUCCAUAACAUUCCCAGAGAAGUGGAGCACAUCACGGACAGGACAUGUGAGGAGCUGCCCGCCGGGAAUCGGUUUGUCCAGUUUUUCCAUCAUGUUUGGAAAGAAGAAGAAGCGGCUAGAGAUUUCAGCUCCUUCAAACUUUGAGCACCGCGUUCACACCGGCUUCGACCCGCACGAGCAGAAGUUCACCGGACUGCCGCAGCAAUGGCAGAGUCUGUUAGCUGACACCGCCAACCGACCCAAACCCAUGGUGGACCCGUCCUACAUCACGCCCAUACAGCUCGCACCCAUGAAGAUAUCUCCCAAGAAAGUCCGGUCAGCUGAGUCGCCGUUGCGAAAAACGAUCGUCCGCGGGAGCCGACCACCGAAAGACGCCUCGAUCAACGGACUGUUAGAAGAGUUUGACAGCAUCUCUGUGACCCGCUCAAACUCCCUGAGGAAGGAGAGUCCACCCGGAGCGCACCAGACUGCCAGCGGCAAACCGCUCUCUGCAUCAGGAGCAGCUGGCAGCGGCGGGCCUGAGGAGAACGGCUUUGCUCACUAUUAUGGCCAUUAUUCGUUUGACUUGGAAAGCAGAAAAGGUUUCUCGCUGGACCCGUACCGGGACAAAGUCGUCCACGAUGGGGACUGGGCAAUCGGACGACACAAUCGUUUCUCUCUUAAACAGAAUGGUCACCCCAUCCGCAGUCCGUUCUACCCUGACGCAAUGCCACAGAAGUCUUCCGACUACGCAAAGAUGCCACCAGACUAUCAUGCAUACCUGGAGAGCAAGAUGCGUCUGUCCACCGAUGAGAUGGCCCUAAGUGGCAGGAGGGAUUAUUACCGGGCGUCUCUGGGUGGAUCCAGUCAGGAUUACCAGGAACAGCCGCUUGGAACACCAUCUCGAGUCUCCAUUCACAGUGAGCAGAUGAGCUAUCCUGAUGGAGACUGGGGAUAUGGUGCAGGACUUCGAGACGAUUAUGACAAGAGACCGAAGUCUUCUUACAUCAGUCAGACGAGUACUCAGCCCACCAUUCGCCAGCGCUCGCGGUCGGGUUCAGGACUGCAGGAACCCAGUCUGCCGUACGGCAUCAGUGCAUUUAAAGUGGCACCACAGGGACCGUACAGCUCUUACACGUACCCCAGACUCUCUGAAAACACAUCCACACUCGUCAUAAGCAAGGGUGAGUACGCGUCUCGGGAUGGAAGUCCGCAGGUGCCCGGGGCUGAGACGUACCAGCGAAUGCCCCUCAAACUACCUCAGAGUCACGCCAAACCUGGUUACCCGCCUAGUUUCCAGUACCCGCCCCCCUUCCACUACAAACCCUCACCCUAUCAGCACCCGCCGUCGCAGCCCAGCCCGCCCUACACCCCACAGGGGGUGCACUCACAGCCCUCGUCCCCGUACAUCCCACCCGGCGCAUAUCCUCCACCCAGCUGGGGCUCAUCGUCCGAGCAACCGCCCUCAAGGGUGUCUCAUGAGCAGUUCCGGGCAGCACUGCAGCUGGUGGUGAACCCGGGCGACCCGAGGGAAUACCUGGACAACUUCCUGAAGAUCGGCGAGGGCUCCACGGGCAUCGUGUGCAUCGCCACGGAGAAGCACAGUGGCAAACAGGUGGCCGUUAAAAAGAUGGACCUGAGAAAACAGCAACGGCGGGAACUUCUGUUCAAUGAGGUGGUUAUCAUGAGAGAUUACCAUCACGAGAACGUGGUUGACAUGUAUAACAGUUAUCUGGUUGGAGAUGAACUCUGGGUGGUGAUGGAGUUCUUAGAGGGCGGAGCUUUGACUGACAUCGUCACUCACACCAGGAUGAACGAGGAACAGAUUGCGACGGUUUGUUUGUCGGUGUUGAAAGCAUUGUCGUAUCUUCACACGCAGGGCGUCAUACACAGAGACAUCAAGAGUGAUUCUAUACUGCUAACCAGUGACGGACGGAUUAAACUGUCUGAUUUCGGCUUCUGUGCUCAAGUGUCUAAAGAGGUGCCCAAGAGAAAGUCACUGGUUGGCACGCCAUACUGGAUGGCACCGGAGGUCAUCUCAAGGUUACCGUAUGGCACAGAGGUGGACAUCUGGUCUCUGGGCAUCAUGGUGAUGGAGAUGGUGGAUGGAGAACCUCCGUACUUCAAUGAACCUCCAUUGCAGGCCAUGAGACGAAUACGAGACAACAUGCCGCCGCGACUCAAAGAGUCUCAUAAGGUGUCAUCUGUUCUGCGUGCGUUUCUGGACCUGAUGUUGGUUCGUGAACCUUCUCAGCGCGCGACAGCACACGAGCUCCUGCAGCACCCUUUCCUGAAGCUGUCGGGACCGCCAUCAUGUAUCAUACCGCUCAUGAGACAUUACAGACACCGCUGACCACACUCACACACACACCGUAUAUAACCGCGCUCACACCUCUAACUGUAUGUAGUUUAGAUGACAACAAACACCAGAGCUUCAGUGAUUAACACGACUGUUUAUGGUGGACAGAAAAGUCGCAAUGCUAGCGUCCGUGACGCUUGUUUGACUUUAGUAGACACUUAAGCCGCCUUUUCACUGUCUCCGACAUUUACAUACGACUGUCGUAUUUCUCCCGCUAGUGGCAGUCGUGAUGAACUGUCAUUUUGCUCACAAUGGAUUUUGUUCAUUGAAGGAGAAGCUACCAGAUGUUUCCAUCAGAAUAGACAUUACUGUGUGUGAUUUAGAGCAGAUGAAUGAAUUCAAUAAACUUCAGGAUUAAUAUUCACUCAGUAUUUAUUAUUAAUAGUAUCAUUUAUCAUUAUUACUGUUUUUAUAGUUAAUAUGAUAAUUAACAGCAACCAUAAUUCAGAAAUUCAUAGAUGUGAUUUUAAAUAAGUAGGUUUUGCGUGUGCAGAAAUAAAUUUCUCACUUCGCGCUGAUAGUUUUGCAUGAAUACAUCACAUCACUUCACAGACGGUCUAGUCGCAUGAGUUGAAAUAUUGUAGCGCAGCCGAGACUUAAAUCAGGUCUGAAAAUGUCUCAUCCGGAGACGAUCAGACCCUCACGCAGCCCCCAUGCGACUCUCCAUUGGAAAUGAAUGAUUUCCGGUCUAUCGUCUGUGGGAUGCAGUGAAAAGGCGGCUUUAGACGUAAAGUGAGGCCAGCCUGUGCAGUUCUAUUCACUUUGGUUACUGUGCAGACGGUCUCGUCGUCAAGAGUCGUACUGUAGUAAAUCCUGUGGAGAGAGAUGCGAGACUGUCAUGCAAACAAACAAACGUCCUUUUUCACUUUCAUCUUCUCACUAACAAUGAAGAUGUAUUUUAGAGCAAAUGUGAGUUUGACUUGUACAGUUUUGAUAAAGCGCAGUAUUUUUGUUGUGAUGUGGUGAAAUGGGCAGUAUUACAUAGAAUUCGAGAGUAAAAGAGAAAAAUCUUUCCUACUGUUUAUAUUUAAGUCAUUUAAACACCCGGUUGCAGAAAGAUAUCUGAAUAUAUUUAUUUAUUCUACAUUUGUAGAUAUUCUCGUCAGUGUGUGGAGAGCUCAUGCCAGAGUUUUAUAAGAUGUUUAUAAAACGUUUAUGUCAGAUUUUUCAGUAGCGUGGCCUUUUUCAAUUUCGUUCUCAUUGUUUGAAAAAAGAUAAAGCGAGUUAUUGGCUGUAUCGGACCAGACAAGUAAUACCAAAACAAGAUAUUUCAAUCACGCAAAAACGUCAUGCUGUGCACUAAGGGAAUUUAAUGCAUUUCAAUAUUUGUUCAAGUUCAUUCAGUUCAUUGAAACUCUAGCAAUAGUAACAUUUUUGACACAAUAAUCACGACAUGUUUUAUAACUGUCUAUAACGUCUCACAUGUGUCUCAUCGGUCACUGUGAUCUGUAAAUAUGAACAUGGACGUGUGUGUUUCUGUAGGAGUGUGCAGAUCGAGCCGUCAUGUUGCUUUUGUACAGUGAUCUGCAUGUGUGUAUCACUAAAACUGCAUUCAAUAAAAACACACAAAUAUCA